UUACGGCAGAUAGCAUAAUAACAUGUGUUUCCAGAUUCAACAGCGUGCUCAUUAAUAGAAGUUCAACACAGACCAUUUUUAAGUUUUACAUACUCAUCAUGUCAUUCCGCGGUGGUGGUGGUCGUGGCGGCGGAUUCAACAGAGGUGGGGGUUGGGGCGGCGGAGGAUUUGGUGGCGGAGGAUUUGGUCGUGGUGGCGGACGAGGCGGAGGAUUUGGUCGAGGUGGCGGCAGAGGUGGAUUUAACAGACAGCAAGACUUUGGCCCACCUGAACAUGUUGUCUCCCUAGGAGAGUUUAUGCACCCUUGUGAAGAUGAGGUUGUCUGUAAAUGUGUGACGGAGGAAAAUAAAGUUCCCUACUUCAAUGCUCCUGUAUACCUUGAAAACAAAGAACAGAUUGGAAAGGUGGAUGAGAUCUUUGGGCAGCUUCGUGAUUUUUAUUUUUCUGUCAAACUUUCUGAAAAUAUGAAGGCAUCCUCCUUCAAGAAGUUACAGAAGUUCUACAUUGACCCCAUGAAGCUGCUGCCCCUCCAGAGAUUCCUCCCCAGGCCUCCAGGUGAGAAGGGGCCUCCUCGAGGAGGUAGAGGAGGAGGAAGAGGUGGAGGUGGGAGAGGAGGUGGAUUUCGUGGUGGUCGUGGAGGAGGAUUUGGUGGACGUGGAGGUGGCAGAGGCAGCAGUGGGUUCAGGGGAGGUAGAGGUGGAGGCAGUGGACGUGGAUUCAGAGGUGGAAGAUGAUGAAGGCCAUAAAGGAAUAGGACAUGUCAUUUUAUCUGCAUAGGAGGCUUACAGGGAGAAGCCAGAAGCAGAAUUUGGGGCCUAACACAGUCUCUUGACUCUUAAUUGAUGCCUCUCCUGUACAGCUGAACUUUUUACUUAGUUUUGUACCAUUUGUGUAUUUUCUUCAGCAAUUCGAUUUUUAUUUGGUGUACUGAUAGGGCUAAUGUUUUAAGUUGGCACAUGUCUGUGUACAAGAUGACAGGUGUCUCCCACAAAACCUUUACUGGUUGGUUUGUGUCCACUUACGUUUUCACAUUGCUGGGAGUUGGUUCAGUAACAACAUGACCAUGUUGUAGUGUGGGGGGAAAAAAGCCAACACUACCAUGAUGAAAUAAUGUAAAAAUUACAAUGCUGUUAUUGUAAUGGACAUUUGAAUUUUGUCAACUUUGAAAUUAUCAUGGACUUGCAAAACAAAAUCUAUUGUAUAUUUACAACUCUGUUUUAAAGUUAACUAGGUAAACGCA